AUGUCAUCUUCUCUGUCUGGUAAGUUAAGUAUUGAAAUAGAGGUCAAGUCAUCAGCUCGUGCUUAUUAUGAGGCUAACGCGAAACGAUUGUACGAGAUACCAAAACUUUGCCCUAACUGUAUACCCAGGAUUGAUUUAGUAGAAGGAAAAUGGGAAGAAGUGGGUGCUGUCCUGAACUGGCAUCUCGCAUACGGGGGGAAAACUGUAAUUUCCAAGGAGAUAUACGAGAGCAUAGAUGACGAAAAACUAUCAGUUACAUUCAAGGUGAUAGGAGGAACAUUCGUAGAGUCGUUCAAAAGUUUCAAGUUCAUUUCUCAGGCCUUUCCAAAGAAAGAGGGAAGCUUGGUCCGUUGGACUUAUGAAUAUGAGAAACUUAACGCGGAUAUUCCAGAUCCAAAAGAUUUGCUUCAGUUUGCAGCUGAUAUUACCAGAGAGAUAGAUGAUACUCUUAUGAAGAUCAGCCAAGAGUAG